GGAUCGAGUUGCAGAGGGAUAAGUAGAAGUAACUGACCGUGCGAACUUGCCAAGAAUCCGUGGGAGAGGACAGAGGAGGGCGUGAUGGAGAACCCGGCGGCGGUGGUGGGGGCGGAGAAGGAGGACGAGCUGGUGGGCGGCGGCGGGGGCGACUGGGGGUACCUCACGUCGGAGGCGAUGGCGACGGCCGGGUUCCCGGCGUUCGGGUUCCCCUGCGGCACCAGGGGCGGCGUCACGCCCGCGCCGAACUCGGCGUCGCUGCUCAUGUCCAUGGAGCACGCCGCGCUGUUCGACUACAACGCCGCCUUCCCGUCGUCGUCGUCCUCCGCCGUCCCCGCGCCCCCGGCAUACCACGACUUCGGGUCCGGCGGCAACCCCUUCAGCGUCGACGCCCCGCCGUUCCUUCUCGAGGCCCCGCCGCCGCUGACGGCGGGGGCGGGAGGGCAGAAAGGGGGGUUCUUGGCGCCCCCGCUGUCGGCGUUCGGCGACGGCAUGGGGUGGGACGACGAGGACGAGCUGGAUCAGCAGAGCAUGGACGCCUCCUCCUUGGGGGUCUCCGCCUCGCUGGAGAAUGCGGCGGUCGGCGCGCCGGGGGGAGGUGGCGGCGGCGGCAACGGGAAGGGCAAGAAGAAGGGGAUGCCGGCCAAGAACCUGAUGGCGGAGCGGCGGCGCAGGAAGAAGCUCAACGACCGCCUCUACAUGCUGCGCUCCGUGGUGCCCAAGAUCAGCAAGAUGGACAGGGCUUCAAUCCUCGGUGACGCAAUUGACUACCUGAAGGAGCUCCUGCAGAGGAUCAGCGAUCUUCACUCCGAGCUCGAGUCUGCUCCAAGCUCUGCUGCACUCGGUGGACCAUCGACGGCCAAUACCUUCCUGCCGUCGACGCCCACUCUGCAGCCGUUCCCCGGCCGCAUCAAGGAGGAGCGGUGCCCGCCGGCCCCGUUCCCUAGCCCCAGCGGCCAGCAGGCGACGGUUGAGGUGAGGAUGAGGGAGGGGCAGGCGGUGAACAUCCACAUGUUCUGCGCGCGCAGGCCGGGCAUCCUGCUGUCCACCAUGAGGGCGCUGGACAGCCUCGGCCUCGACAUCGAGCAGGCCGUCAUCAGCUGCUUCGACGGCUUCGCCAUGGACGUCUUCCGCGCCGAGCAAUGCAGGGAGGGCCCUGGGCUGCUGCCGGAGGAAAUUAAGGCGGUGCUCCUGCACUGCGCCGGUCUCCAGAACGCGAUGUAGGCGAAUCCCCGGGAGACAAGACCGCCAGGAUGGUGAUUGAUGGUCAUGGGCUCUCCCUCUCUCCUGACUGUCUGGUCAGGACGAUGAUGCUAGAUGUACAAAACCUUGUGCUGUUCUUUGUUUUACCAGUUCCUUGGACGGACAAAUCUCAUGGGAUGAGGCUCGCCAUCUCCCUGCAGACAUGAGACCGAGAUCUCGGUCCAGCUUCCCUCUCUGUGGUCGUCGUGAACCUGUGUGAUGUAAUGGUUAUCUUUCCCUACCGUUGAAGACUUGAAGUGAACUAUCUCCAGUCAGUCAA